AUGGCGGACCAUGCCUCGAACUCCUUGAGGAUUGACACGUCGAAUGAACCUCCGACUCCUCCCAUCUUGGCCCUCUUCUUGGUCAACUUUGACCAUCGCAAAGGAUACACCCUAGGAUGGCAUAGAUCUGUUGACGACGUCCCCGUCGAGGGUGUUGUCGAGUUCAAGUCCCUACCGUCCGGUCUGCACAACGUCGAACAGGAUCUGGUAUACUUUAUCCACGAUGAUUAUGCUGGACUUAGCGCCUUCAUCAACAAGGCAGAUGAGCAGGCAGACCGUGCUGCCCGGAUGUUGGCGGUUGGUGCACUGGUACCAUUAGAACACGGUCGCAUGGGCCGGAUCUGGCGCCAUGCAGAGUCUCUGGUGGAGCUCUCAAGUGCACAAAUCGACAACCCGGGGAGUGUUACUGCUCUCGAAGAGUAUUGGGAGAAAUACAAGCUGCGGCCUGAGGAAGCAGCGCCGCAAACGCCUCUUGAGUCUGGAGAAGAGGACCCAACCCGCAGGCCCAAUGGGUACCAGAAGUCAAGGACAAUGUCCGCGGCGACAACCUUUAUCCAGCCACAUCAUGCGUUGACGCCUCAUCAUCCUGCGUUGACACUGGUGGAUUCUAUCAAGCUGUUUGGACCCCUGAUAUUUCCACUUUAUCGAGCAGCCCUACUUCGCAGACGCAUCUUGAUUGUCACAGAUGCCCCUGUUGAGUUCUGUUGCAAUCUUGUGCCGCAUGAAGCCGAUCCCCCUACUGCUCGCUUGCGUGCGCUGUUCACUGUUGGUGUAAUGGAUAUUCCCCAGCUCGAGCAGGCUCGAGCCGCCGGAAGCAACCACGGUUUUAUCGCUUGCACGACGGAUGAUGUGCUCACCUCAAAACCCGACCUCUAUGAUGUCCUUGUACUCAUGCCUAAAGCGGGCUUACAGGCUGCCUCAGGAAAAGUGUUUCCGCGAAUUAUUGUUUCAAGCCCAGAAUUGACCAAGGCUUUCCCCAAAGUUUCCAUCAAAGCUACCCAACGAGACUUUCGUCGGUUUGCAAACCUCAUGCGUGGUCUCCGGAGGCUAGAACCCAGUGAGACGGCUGUUACUGAUGAUGAAGCCUCAUCUGUUUCUUCACUUUCAUCCUCAAACUCGACCAACAAGUUAGUGGUGGAACCUCCAUCUUGGUCUCGAAUGGCAUACACCUCUUUCGUUUGGUGGGCUUCUGCUGGAGACCGCCGUGAAGGGUUUGCCGAGGGAGAAGAACAUGAGAUCGAACGAGACUCGACGCUGCUAUAUGGUGAAGACGAGGAGGAGCAGAGCCGUGAAGUUGCGGUGGUUGCAUACUUCCACCGCCUGACCGCGACCAUCUUUCAAACUGUCACAGCUGCCAUUUCAAGGGUAGACGGCAGUGCGGAGGCUGAGGGCAGGUACCACGACAAUGAUGAUGAUGACACCGAUGCAAACUCCAAUGGUCAGAUGGGCCAGCAAGAUAGCCAGCCUUUGUUGGCCGAACACGCCGCGGAGGCCAAUAUCGAGAUCAAUCACGAAGACAUGCUGGACUUGGGGUUGGACAGCUGGAGCGCGUCAGACAAACGAUUUGUGGAAGCAUUAUCAAUGCUCUGGUGGGAAAGACAAGCAACGGUGCGACCAGUGUCCAUUGACUGUUGUGGACUUCGCCUACUCUGA